AUGUACGGAUCACGAUUUCCUAGUAUCGCGACAUUUGACAGAAGGAAUAUUUCGUUUCAUGAAGAUAUGAGUGAAAAAUACGACGCGUCUAGGCGUAGACUUGCUGUAAUAAUUAGCAACCAACCUUGCGUUCCUUUUAGCAUCAAGAGUAAUAUUUCAAAAAUGGCAUUUAGUCUAUAUACCAAACGCCCGCUCUAUUACAACAAAAGAUAUCAAAUAGUUCAUUUAAAUAAAAAUAUUGAAGAUAUUGACUUUAGUAAUUGCUCAGUUCCGAUUUUUGGAAGUUAUCGCAAUGUAAGUGUUGGACCUUGUUUGCUUUCAAAAGAUAAAAAUACGCUUCUAUGUUCUUAUAAUCAAACAGAGUUUUUACCUGAAGCAAUGUACGAAUCACCCACAAUUACAUUAUUCUGUAAUUCGAUAGAAAAUCCAGCCAAAGCAUUUUUAGCUGGUCUUGUUAUUCAAAAAGAAUUUCCACUGGAAAAUAAUCAGGAAUUCACGAUUUCAAAGUUAGAAGUUAUAAAUGUUAGUGAUAUGUGGAGAGCUAUUGAUCAAAAGUGGAAACAAUUGUACCCGACUGCGCCUGAAGAAUCAGAAGAAUUCGGGCCCAUUGAAUAG